AUGGGAGGGAAAAGUCCAUUCUUCUGCCACAGCAGCUUACAGUAUACGUCAUAUAAGAAUGAAAAAGACAACUGCGAUUCAGAACUGAAGUCAAAUGCAUUGCGCAUCCCAAAACGUAUUGUAUUUAUAACGUCAUGUCUACUUAACAUUCAAUUGGUUUCAGCGUCAUCAGAAAAAACGUCCAACGCGUUCUCAUGGCUGCCGUCGAGAUCUCCAAAACGGUCCCAUAAAGCUAGUACCGAGAACGUUCAAGGUGUUGUCAGCCCCACCGACACGCUAGAGACGUUGGCUGAGAAAAACGGGGGCAUACCGUUAUUUUUGGAACGUUGCGUGGAAUACAUCGAAAAGGAAGGCGGUCUGGAAAUGGAAGGCUUAUAUCGUGUGCCGGGAAAUCAGGCUCAAUUGAGCGAACUUGAAAAAGCAUUUCGAGAAAAGGGCGAUGUGGAUAUCGCUGGUCUCGACAUGCCGGUACACGUGGUUGCGACAGCCGUGAAAAACUUCUUCAGUUGCUUGGCAGAACCUCUGAUUCCUACGGAAUUACAUCAGGACAUUUUGGACAUUAUGACACGAUUAACACCAGUGAAUCGGAAUGUUCUCAUCUACUUAACAUCUCAUUUAGAAAGGGUAGCCUCUUCACCAAGCACUGCUAUGGAUGUUCACAAUCUGUCAAAAGUUCUUUUUCCCACAUUGUUCAGGUGUGGCACUAUUCUUUUCUGGUAA